AAGAAUCGAUCAAGAUGUAUUGCAGGUCUGCCUACGUUUCCGAUUUUUUCUUCCUGGCGGGGUCUUUCCACGCGCCUGUGGUGCUAUAGAUGGACAAAGUUUAACACAGUCAAGCUGCCAAUUCCUUUCCUCUCUUGCAAAGAGGGAAAGGGAAGAAGAGAUAUGACGGAAUACGAUGAUCGCAGCUGUGCGUCAAAUAUGUAUUUGCCGAGCUGCACUUAUUACGUUUCGACGCCCGAUUUUACAUCAGUCUCCUCCUUUUUACCGCAGACCACUUCGUGUCAGAUUAAUUUCCCCUAUUCUCCCAACAUAGCCCAAGUCCAACCUGUUCGAGAAGUCGCUUUCAGGGAUUAUGGACUGGAUCAUCCCAGCAAAUGGCACUACAGGGGCAAUUACGCGUCUUACUACUCAACGGACGAGAUAAUGCACCGGGACUUGAUCCAGUCCUCCGGCGGCAGGGCGGAUGUGUUAUUCAAAAACGAAUCCUUGUACGGGCACCGCGGUGGGACGAGCUCGCCGUGCAAUUUCUUCACCGGUGUCGGCCGUAAUGGGGUUCUUCCCCAGGGCUUCGACCAGUUUCUCGACCCUCCUAACUCGGACAAGCCCAACGCGGAGCACCCCAAACAAAAGACAGACUCUGCUGCUGCCGGAGGUGCUGCUGCUGCUGCUGCUGCUGGAAAUAACAAUCAGGCUUUAACCAAACUCGAGCAGCACAAAGCUGACCCGACCGGGAGCGUGGACGAGGACUCAUCCUCCAACUGCGGCGACAAGAACAACCAACAGAGUUCAUCAACCAAGUCCAGGAAGAAGAGAUGCCCUUACUCCAAAUACCAGAUCCGAGAACUUGAACGAGAGUUUUUCUUCAACGUGUACAUUAACAAAGAGAAGCGACUGCAACUGUCCAGGAUGUUAAACCUGUCAGAUCGACAGGUGAAGAUUUGGUUUCAGAAUAGAAGAAUGAAAGAGAAAAAGCUCAACCGCGACCGCCUACAGUAUUUCACUGGGAAUCCUUUAUUCUGAUAUCUGACGUAGUGACACACACACACACACACACAGAGAGAGAGAGAGAGAGAGAGAGAGAGAGAGAGGAGUAAGUAAAAUAGGUGUACACACACACACACACACACACACGUUACAAAGACUGCUCCCCUCUGCAUAUUUGAACCCUAUUCACCCUGUUCAGUUUAUAUUUACAGAAAUCUGGCAUUUAAGAAAAAAAACAAAAAAAAAACAAGAUGCCGUAUUUUUUGCAUACAGUUCUUGCAUUUAUUUAUUUGUGUUCGUAUAUUUUCUCGUUAUCGGCAACAAAUAUUACAGCGAAGUGCGGGCUGUGCUUUGAAAUUAUUUAUAUAAACUAUAUGUAGGCUUCUUCCUUGUGUAUGUGCAUUUAUAAAAACGCAUGUAAUAUGUACGUUGUGGUGUGAAAUAAAGUAGACACGACUAAUGUUGUUGCCUAUCAUAGUCACGAAAUCUGUCACAUGAACUCAACCAAGUCCUAUAAAAAAGAUUAGGGGAAAUUUUCAUCAGUGGAGAAGUUUGGCGCUUGCUGGCUUGUAUAGUCCCGUUAUUUCCUUUGCUUUCAAACACUGGAUUGUUUACUAAACCUUGAACCGUCUAGACAGUAUAAUAAAAGUAGCUGUAAAUGUCUAAAUAGGGGGCUAUUGGACUUUGGUGUCCCAACCCCCAGACCACAAGAGGACUGACUCUCUUUCCUGUCUCAAAGUAGUUUCACUUCAGGCUACAAAUGUUUGGAGAAUUCAAGAGAUUUCUGCGCAUCCCGUCCAUAUUUAGCUCCCUUUGACAUCUUGAGGCGCAUGAAAUGUUACCAGUGUUAACUGAGGACCAAUGGGAGAUAUUCUAACAAAGACCGCCAUCUGAAAGGAUAAGUAAUUUUUCAAGUUUAUCUGCUUGUCUGGUGUUCAAAAUAGGCAGAAUGUGGUUUUGACGGAUCUGAAUCUGCUGCAGAGGACGCAGAUUUGUGAAUACUGGCGAAAAUGGCGCAUUUUCCUCUUUAAUCAACGCAGGUGAAACGUCUCUGUCCUUGUAUACUUCCACUGUUAAGACCCCAGGCUGGCUCUAGAAGAGGAGACAGACUAUGCAAAUGCUGCCAUUCCACACAAACACUCGCUUUAUCGAUAAUUCAUGUGAUGCAAGUGGAUUAUUUUAAUUUUAGGUCCAUGCAGCAACAAUAACUCGCCUUGUUUCAGCGAGCUUUAUGAAAACAAUGCAAUGGGGAUUAAUGCUUAUUUUAUUUGUGAUGUAUCACAUCUACAGUAAUUUCCCAAAAAGACUGUUAGAGAGCUGAGGUUUCAUUAAGCGUUUAAUUGGGGUUGUCAUCAUGUCCUACAGUGAAAUUACAUUACCAACUGUGUGGGGUAUUUCACUUUGAUUCUCGCUGUAUCCACAUGAGGGCAGACUUGCUGCUUUCACUUCAAGUGGGAAUGUAGAGUUGAGCCAAAUUUAACAUCUACCCUGCGUGAAAAUCAGUCUGUGGAGGAACAAUCCGUUCAGCACAGUUUUUAUUUAGUGUUGUAUUUCAGUCCCAACUGCGCUCAUUAGCCCUAAUUAUGUAGUGUUUUCAUCAGAAUUUAUUUAUUUUUAAUUUUCCUUUUCAAAAAAAGGCCCCAAAGCGCCUGGUUUCUAUAUCAAACUGUUCAAAAGUCUGCAUUUCCUCUGGAGAUCGGAAAACAUUAACAGCUAAUUGUAACACACAUUAUUUUUUCACCCAGUUUCCUGCAGUAUAACUGAUGCAGAUCCUGUGUGGCAUCUUCUAGAUGGCAAUUUCUUUUUUACAUUUGCAAGUCAUGUUCAAGUGUUUUUGAAAGGACAAGGUAAACAAAAGAAAAGGAAUUCUGCUCCGUGUCUUUUGUCAUCUGAACCUUUAUGACUUCGAUCUUUUACCUGAAGGCCUCACAGUCUUAAUCUGUCUCUAUAGCCUCUAGAUAUUACGGUAUCGUGGAGCAUUAUUGACACAAAUAUGCUUUGUGUUUCUUUUUUAUUUAAUUUCAUUUUGCAGCUUUAUAAAUGUUAUUAGAUUGUCUUUUAUCUGCGUCUGUAACUUAUGCAGGCUAUUUGCUGUAAAAUAUAUAAAAGCAGAGUUACUCCACAGAAGGGCAGAGGGCAUUGUUGCAGAUUUAAGCUUCACUUCUGCCUGAGACUACAACGAUGUCAAUGUCCUUUUUUAAAAAAAAAAAAAAAAAAAAAAAAAAAAGUAUUUCUACCAUCAGCCUAUAUGUUGUAUUUUUAUAUGCUCUGUCUAUAUGUUCUAUAUCAGUAUAUCUCCUGGCAUUAUUAUUAUUAUUAUUAUUAAACCCGUAGACCAAUUUUCCCAUUUUUACGAUGUUUGUUACGGCGGCAUAUCACUAUCGUACUUGUGCAUAUUUUUUUGCGUGUAUGAAUAGUUGAUUAUACAUGAAGAAUUUAUACCCAUAUUUAAUGUUUUUGUCUAGUAGCUACUUCACAUGAUGUGCAAAAAAGCCCAACGUUAUCUCUUACGAGUUGUCAUUAUUAGAAACAUUAUUACAAAAAAAAUGAUGUCCGUGUUGUCAGAUGUCUUAAUUAAAUUUAGUUUUUAAAAUAAGCGAAUAUGGUACGAUUUUUCUGAAGCUAUUCCUUGAUCAAAAUGAGAACAUUAAACAGGCCUGUGUUUUGUUCUGUGUGAUGCUGAGAUGAUUCGGAUUCUUCACACGUUUAUAUAAAACUAUUAAUAUCUAAGAGCCUUGAAAACAACCAGUAUGAUGUCUACACAUCCUCUCACACUCGUUGUAUGAUUAUUUGAAACUUGUCGCAUUAAUACCAAAGAGAAUUAUUUCAAGCUGCACUUAUUGUGUUUUGUUUUCUGUGUACAGACCUGUAGAAUCAUUGACAAUAAUUGUGGCCUGAUGUCUCUUUUUUUUAAAUAAAUUUUAUGAUCAUUUAGUUUUUUUUUUUUAAGUCGGUGGAUAUUUUCAGGCACAGGUUACAGUCUUUAUUUUUUAUCCCCCUCUCACUUUAGCAAGCACAGUCUUUAUCUCGCACACAUUUGCCUUCCUUGCAGACAAAAAACACAAUGGAGCCCUCCCCCAGACUGUGUGUGUGUGUGUGUAGAGCUCCACCGACACCUUCAGCACACUCUUAUUUUUGAACUUUACAUUUGAACGUCGAAAAUACACUUGUGACAAAAUGCAAACAACGAUAUUGUGCUUUAUGGAGUGUGUGUGUGCAAAUAAUAAAGGACAAUUUUCUAUUUGGA